AUUGUAAACAAGGAAUAAAGAACCAAAAAGACGUAUUUCUACUCAUUCCACUCUUAUAUUAGUAAAGAUGUGUGAAGAUUGCGUUAAGGAGGAAUACCCGGACAGAGGGUCAACCUGUCUAGAUAAUGGAUGUUAUAUGAUGAAUUAUGCUGGAUGUAGUCAAUGUGGAGAUAGAUCAAAGCCGAAAACUGUUUGUAGAACCUGUGUUGAAAACGAGGAAGAAGAAGAAGUGAUUACGUUUAAACAUGUUUGUUCACAAUGUAACCAUAGUGUAGCAGACCAUGAACAUAUUUUUCAAGUGUCAGGAGAAUAUCAGCUGUAUGAAAUGUCUUGUAUACUGUGUGGUAAUGCUGAUUCUCAGAGAAGUAUUAUGCCAUGUGAUCCUAGAGGACCUCAAAUGAACAAUGAUUUUGCAGACUGACAAUGAUGACAGAAAUUGUUGUACCAGCACAGUUUAUAUCAAGAGAAGAUCAAGAUCUAUUGCCACUCAGAAACACUCUUUAGUACAGACUUUGUGCCUUGUGGAAUAUAUUUUAAAACAGUGUGCAGACUGUGUUCACCAAAUUUUACCCUCAUGCCUCAUGUCAAUAUUAUCACUAAUUGAAAUAAAAUUUAAUUGAAUCAA